AUGAAGAAACGGAGAAUCCAAGAAGGGAAGAAGCCAGGUGUGGAGGACAGCUCUGGCUCCACAGCUGAGUGGACUGUCUGUGUCCUUAUGAAUGAAUGGGAAGCCACUGGGGGAGACCACGACGACUGCUCUGAUCUGACUACUGGACUGGUUGUCGCAGCUGCCUUGGUCUCUGAUAUUCCAAAGAGCUCACUGCGGGUCGCGCUGCGCACCGCGCGCGCCACUCCGCACCUCGCGUUUUCUGCCUGCAGUGCCAAGCCAGGCUUCUCCUACCAACCAUCUCCCUUAUCCUCCAAAAUGGGCAAUUGGUGUUUUGGACUUAAGGAGCGGCUGACCGCUUUGUUUAUCAUCCGCGCGUUCAAGGCGCGCCGGCUGCGCACGGAAGAUCUCCGCGUGGUGGUCCUGGGCUCGUCUGACGCGAGCAGGAGCGCGCUGCUGCAGAGGUGGGCACACGGCGCCCAUUUUCCCACCAACGAAAACCCCUGUUGCCAGUGGCAUGAAUGCAAACAUGCCCAGGGCUUACUGCACAUCACCGACACCCCUGGCAACCUCGGCAACCCCGGUAUCAGGCGCCUCACCAUUGCCAGGGCUCACGCUUUCAUACUUAUCUACUCAGUCACCAGGAAGGAAAGUCUGGAGGAGUUAAAGCCCUUCUUAGAACUGAUUCGCAAGGUUAAAGGCAACAAUCUACACAAGUUUCCUAUCGUGCUGGUGGGUAACAAGGAAAAUGAUGAGCGUCCCCGGGAGGUGGCGGUGAAGGAGGGUGCUGCUUUUGCGAUGGAGUGGAAUUGCGCCUUCAUGGAGACCUCCACCAGGGCGGAUGCCAACGUACAGCAGCUCUUGUACCUGCUGCUCAAUCACAAGAAAAAACCCGCCCCCUGCAUGCUGAAGAAAUCCCAGGUGUCCCCGGCCACCACCGAGAAGCUGCUAGGCAAAUUUGCCGUGAUGUGA